GUGGCUGGGGCAAAGGGAGACUGUGCGCGAAGGGGACCCCGCAGACUGUCACUGUGGGAGGAAUGAGGCCCCCAUGAUCAGGGAGUUUCUUUAAUUCCUCACAGACUAGGCAGGCAAAUCCCAGAUUAACCUGGCAGGGUGGGAAGAGGAUUAUAAAGGCAGUUCCAGAACGCAACUAAAGGCACUACGGGCUUCAGCAAGGGUGUGCCACAGCAGGGCACCCCUCUCACAACCCAAAGGGCAGGGGAAGGGGAGAAGUCUUCCAAGCUCUAUCCCCAACACAGAAAGCAAAAGGCCAGCAGCAGCCCUGGGAGAUAUGCGUGUUCAGAUAGUCAAGAAAGGGAGAUACCCUAAGGAAGAGGUGGAGCUCAGGAAGGGCUGGAGCAUGCUCAUGUGCAUGUGCCUGUGACCUGCUCCUGGUGGCCGGCAGGAACAGCCAUGGAGGAAACCUACCUGCUGAACGUGGAAGGGGUCAAAAAGAAGAUUCUGCAUGGAGGCCAAGGGGAGCUGCCAAAGUUGCAGGAUGGGAGCAAGAUCACCUUCCACUUCCAGACACUGAAGGAUGACUUUGAGAGGACAGUGAUCGAUGACAGCAGAGAAGCUGGUAUCCCCAUGGAGAUCAUCGUGGGCAAGAUGUUCAAGCUGGAAAUCUGGGAGACGCUUCUCAGCUCCAUGAGAGUCGGGGAAGUGGCUGAGUUCUGGUGUGACGCCAUUCACACAGGCAUGUACGCCCUGGUCUCCAGGGGCAUGCGGAGGAUCGCGGAGGGCCGGGACCCCCUGGAAGGGCAGAAGCACCGCUGUGGCAUGGGCAACAUGUUUGACUACCACAGCACAGGCUAUGAUGACCUAGACGAGCUGCAGCGGACGCCGCAGCCCCUCAUCUUCAUCAUGGAGUUGUUCCGGGUGGAGGAGCCCUCGGCAUACAAGCGUGACACCUGGGCCAUGAGCAAGGAGGAGAAGCUGGCAGCAGUGCCUGUGCUGCACAGUGAGGGCAACCGCCUCGUCCUCCGUAAGGAGUUUGGGCAGGCAGCAGCAAAGUACCAGGAGGCUGUCAUCUGCCUGAGGAACCUCCAGACUAAGGAAAAGCCAUGGGAGGAUGGCUGGCUAAAGCUGGAGAGCCUGGUCACACCACUGGUGCUCAACUACUGCCAGUGCCAGCUGGAGCUGGGCGAGUACUACGAGGUGCUGGAGCACACGACGGAGCUCCUCCAGAAACACAACGACAAUGCCAAGGCCUAUUUCAAGCGGGCGAAGGCGCAUGCUGCUGUCUGGAAUGAGCAGGAGGCACGGGAGGACUUCCUCCGGGUGGCUCACCUUGACCCCUCCAUGGCAGCUGCGGUGAAGAAGGAGCUGAAGCAGCUAGGGGAGAGGAUGAGGAAGAAGCAUGUGGAGGAUCGGAAGCGCUACAAGGGGCUCUUCCAGCCACCCCCAGGACCACGGGCCAGUGAGGGGCAGGAGAGUGGGGAGGUGGGCAGCAGGGCGAAGUUGCAGAAAGAAGCACCCCAGAGUGAGGCUGGGGUCCUGGAGACUCCUGGGCAGGGAGAGCAGGGUGCGGGGACUGAAGAAGUGGAACAACCAGGGGCUGACCAAACAGAACAAGGGACCCCUGGGUCUCGGUGUAAAGGAGAAGCAUCAGGAGGAAAAACAGCCCAGGGGCAGCCUGUAGGGGUGGAGGUGGAAGCAAGGGAUGGGACAGGACUGGGGGAAGAAGCAAAUUUGGGCACCUGUGGGGCAAAGCCAGAGGGCUGGGGAGCAGAGGAAGAGGAGAAGGAGGAGGAAGAAGAAAAAGAGGAGAGAGAGGGGGAGGAGGAGGAAGGAGGGCAAAGGGAAGAGGACAAAGAGGAAGAGAGCUCAGCAGCAGAGAUGGAAAAGCUGGCUAUAGGGCAAUGUGGGAUAGCAGAGAGGGCAGAGGCAGCAGGGCAAGGGCAGGGGCUGGAGACUGGGGGCAGUGGGGCAGAGGGAGCUGGCACAGGGACCAGGGCUAGGGCUGAGCCAGGCAGAGCCUCAGAGCUGGGGUCCCCUGGGAAGGGGCUGGGGCCAGCCAAGGAGCCCCUAGAGCUGGAGGACAAAACACCCAGAGAGGCACUGGAAGAGGGGAGCUGUGGGGAGCAGUGAGCAGGCAGCAGCCAAGGAAAUGCUAGGGAAGGCAAUAUACCCCCUGACAGGUUCACCCUUAGGGCAGUGCUCCAGUCUGGGCACUCAGGGGCAGAUGAGGAGCUGGGUGGAAGGAUCCCCCGGCCCAUAGCAGCCAGGGAAGAGGGUGAUGCACCCCCAGGGCAGUGCAGCAAGAGCAGAGAGCUUGGAGCCAUGACCCUGGGGCAGGGCCAGCCCUGAGCAGGGCUGGUUAUCCCUGGAUGGAGGAAGGGCUGCAGGACCACUGACAAGGCAGCACCACGCAGGCAGGGGGGGCUGUUGUACCCUGAGGGGAAGGCUGAGGGCAAGGCUGAGGGCUGGGACUGGCCCUGGAGUGACAGGGGAUCAAUGCUGUCCUCUCCCUGCCGCUGCCUGGACCACCAGCCCUGUUGUGCAGCACCUACUGCCUCCCUGCCCUGACUCAAUGGCUCCAGCAACUUUCAGAUGGGCCCUGCUGAGCUUUGCUGGCUGUGAAAUAAAAGCUCUUCCCUGGCA